UCGGAGCCCCUCUCCGCUCCGCCUCUGGGCGUUUCGCUCUGCUGUAGAGUCCCGCCUCUGUUUCUCCGACCGCACCCCACACUCCUGAGCGCUCACGAUCCGCCUCCUACGGAAGCCGAAACGCAGAGUCAGAAUCCGGAAGAAAAACAAUCCAGAGGGAUCAGUGCAGCUGAUACUGGCCACCAAGGGCUGCUCCGCCCCACACUGGCUGGAGCGCGGAGACACAAGUCUACUGGGUCACGGCGUGGGAAUGAUGUCGGCUGCGAGCCUACGGAGGCCGAGCGCACCGAAAGCCUAUGUACUCGGUAUACAUGUUGUGACAUGGAAUGUGGCCUCAGCAGCCCCCACUGUGGACCUCAGUGACCUACUUCAACUGAAUAACCAAAACCUGAAUCUGGACAUAUAUAUCAUUGGUUUGCAGGAAAUGAAUUCUGGAAUCAUAAGCCUUCUUUCUGAUACUGCUUUUGAAGACCCAUGGACCAGUUUCUUCAUGAAUACGCUUUCCCCUCUGAACUUUGUCAAGAUCUCCCAAGUACGUAUGCAGGGGCUUCUCUUACUGGUCUUUGCCAAGUAUCAGCAUUUGCCCUUCAUCCAGAUCAUCUCUACAAAAUCCACCCCUACUGGCCUCUACGGGUACUGGGGGAACAAAGGAGGAGUCAACAUCUGCUUGAAGUUGUAUGGCUACUAUGUCAGCAUCGUCAACUGCCACCUGCCUCCCCAUAUGUCCAACAAUGAUCAGCGGCUGGAGCACUUUGACCGAAUCUUGGAGAGUCAGACUUUUGAAGGAUAUGAUAUUCCCAACAUCCUGGACCAUGACCUCAUUCUGUGGUUUGGAGACAUGAACUUUCGCAUUGAGGACUUUGGGUUGCUCUUUGUUCAGGAGAGUAUAACAAAGCGGUACUACAGAGAGCUGUGGGAGAAGGAUCAGCUCAGCAUUGCCAAGAGACGUGACCCACUGCUCCGGGAGUUCCAGGAAGGCCCCCUGCUCUUCCCACCCACCUACAAGUUUGAUAGGCACUCCAACAACUAUGACACCAGUGAGAAAAAACGCAAGCCUGCAUGGACUGAUCGCAUCCUGUGGAGGUUGAAGCGGCAGCCACAGGCCAGCCCCUUGGUCUCCAGUCUGCCAACCUCCUACUUCUUGCUGACACUAAAGAGCUACAUCAGCCACAUGAUGUACAGCAUCAGUGACCAUAAGCCUGUCACUGGGACCUUCAACUUGGAGCUGAAUCCACUGAUGUCUGUCCCACUGAUUACUAUAAUGCCUGAAUGCCUGUGGACCAUGGAGAACGACAUGUUGAUCAGCUAUGCCUCUAACCCAGAGUUCCUCAGCAGCCCCUGGGACUGGAUUGGACUAUACAAGGUAGGGAUGCGCCACAUUAAUGACUACGUGUCCUAUGCCUGGGUUGGCGACAACCAAGUCUCCUAUGGCAACAACCCAAACCAGGUAUACAUCAACAUCAGUGAUGUCCCUGAGACCGAGGAUCAGUUUCUUCUCUGUUAUUAUAGCAACAAUCUGCACUCUGUAGUAGGGAUAAGUCAACCCUUCAAGAUCCCGCUUCGCUUCUUUUUGAGGGAUGAUGCACUGUGUGAUCCUGAACCACAGAUCUGAGCCCCCAUGGGAGUGACUGAAUCCAGGGCGGAGGCUAGAGCUGGAAGCCAGCUGUGCCUCGGCACUUCCAGGAGCACUGGGUCUGGCCUGGCCCGAGGAGGCUGCUGAGUAUUCUCCAGCUCUCCCCACCUCCCAGGGGAGCUCAGCCAGACUCUUCUGCUCUCUCCAAGCCAGAUGAACUGGCCGUUUAAUACAGGUUUUUGUUACUGAGAUGUGAUUGCAACAAAGUAGUGUGUCAGUGGUGAAGACUUGGGACAGUCCACUGCAUAUGGAAAAGACCACUAACUUGCAUGCCAUUUUCUUUAACACCCCCCUCCAAUACUCUCAUACCCAAGUAGUUGUGCCAGGCACAUGCCCCAUUUGGCACAGGCCUGCAUUCCUAUCACGCCAUCCUGGGCCCUGAGCUGCCUGGGAAGGGGGAGAUGUUCACACUUGUACAGGCCCCAUAAAUUGGGUGGCACAAACUGCACUGGGUUCCAGAAGUCUUGGUGUCUCAUAAUUGUCCCCAUGGGAAUGAGUGGAGGCUCUGAGAUCCCUGUCUGCAGCUCAAGCACUAUGACAAUGUAGACUGUAUAUCUAUCUCACUCUAUAACGUGGACUCUGAUCAGGAAGUUCUAGUGCCUAAGCAGAGCAAAUGGUAUAGACCCAGGUUAGUUUCUGCUGGUAAGUUAGGCCCCAUGUUGCCAACCUACCCUUUACAAAGGGUUGACAGGCCUUGAAGGAGCUAUGUCCACAUUCCUCUUGGGUGGUCCUUUAGAUCAAGGCCAUCUGCUGCUACUCCUAUCAUGAGUCAUUGACAAAACACUCUGGGCCCUGCUGAGACCUAGAUGGGAAGCAGCAGAGGAAUUGAGCUCAAGUCAUGUUGAAGGACCUAGCAUCAAGAGGCCUCAGCAUUCUGCAGGUGGCAUGUAGAUAUAGCCUGUCCUUAUUCCUGCUGAUUGCCUUCUGCCAAUAUUGAUUCAACACCCCUUCUCCCAAGAGAAGACCUCAGGGAGUCUUGUCCUAUAACUCUCACGUCCAUCUUGUGACCUUAGAGUCACUCCAGUUACUCUAGGUAUUCUAUUUUGAGAGCCACUGCAUGUUAAGAAUUAACCCCCCCACUAGGCUUCUAGUGAGCCCUGGCCGUCUGUUCUGUGUGAGUUGUUACACUGAGGGAUAAUUAUAAAUGUGGCUUUUACACUUG